AACACUUCGUCUGCGAAGUUUGCCGAACACAGUGGCGUAUUUGUGGAGUAUCUGCCGAGUCAGGGUCCCAGACUGACUAAGGAGCGGAAGCCCCUGGGAAGCGAAUGAAGAAACACCUUCUACUACUCUUCACAUUCAGAGGUCUAGUCAGAAAAGGAAAAAAGAGCAAGAGACGAAAAUGGCCAAUUUUAUCAUCCGAUCGGCUGUACCCGGAGACUGUAAAGACAUAUUGCGACUUAUAAAGGAACUGGCUAAAUAUGAAGAAAUGGAAAACCAAGUAGUGUUAACUGAGAAAGAUCUUUUAGAAGAUGGCUUUGGAGAACAUCCUUUCUACCACUGUCUUGUUGCUGAAGUACCAAAAGAGAACCAGACUAUUGAUGGAUACACCAUUGUUGGGUUUGCUAUGUACUACUUCACAUACGACCCAUGGAUAGGAAAACUUCUGUACCUGGAAGACUUCUUUGUCAUGAAUGAGUUAAGAGGAUCAGGCAUCGGGUCAGAGAUAUUCAAGCACUUGAGUCAGAUUGCUGUGAAGUGUCGUUGUAGCAGCAUGCACUUCCUGGUGGCAGAAUGGAAUGAGCCAUCGAUCAGGUUCUACAAGAGGCGUGGAGCAUCAGAUCUGUCCACUGAAGAAGGCUGGCGCCUCUUUAAAAUUGACAAGGAGUACCUAUGCAAGAUGGCGGCUGAGGAGUGAACUCGGUGCCUCUAAGAAGAAUUGUUACUUACAAAUAAACUUCUUUUUCUUUUGCUUGCUUAGUAUUUGUUAGUGUCUUGCAUGGCAACUAAUUCAAAAGCUUUAGUACCAGUGGCAUUGUAGCAUACAAUUGUCACCCCACCCCCCUGCUUCUUUCAGCAAGGCCAUUCAUGGCCCAAGACUGUUUAAAAAGCCCUACAAAUAAGAUCCUCAGUUGUAUGUGUAUAUAUGUAACUUCAUUCUUGUAAGUCAUUUGAUUGUGUACAGUGUACACACUGGUAUUUAGGGUUUUUGUACAAUUAACCUGUUUUUAUUAAAGAGCAGCAUGUGUUCUAAUA